UAGUCACCUAAAAAAGAUGCAAUAAAAUUGUUUACAUUUAAUUGCGUUUCAUAGUUUCGAUUUGGCAGACUUUGCGUUGAUUUUUUCUCGGAAAGUCUCUCCGGUGUGCCGGAAUCGCGUUCGUUAGUCACCCUCCCGGGCAGGAUUCCGGAUUUCAACCGGUGUGAGUCGAGUCAACGAUCUGGAUCCGGCACUUGACAGCCGUUUAACAAUAUUGUUAAAGCCCGAAGCUGAAUGACGUGAGUGAUCGAUGUCGACGCAUUGUUAUCGGAGAUCAUCGAUCAUCUGGCUACCCCUUGGAGAUGUGCACGCCUAGAGCGCCCUAGGCGUAUCUGCUCAGCCGGUCACGCGUCGGAAUUAACACGAUAUCGGUAUAGUUAACUAAGCCGCUUCGAGUGUCUCGGAGUGAAAAAUUCCUGGAAGAUUUCACGGAUCAGAUACAUGGUGCGAGCGAUAGUUUUUUUUCGUUAUUUAUUUGUGCUGUUUCAUGAAAUCGGACCAUUUUCCCACGGCUCCUAUAAAAUUUUUCCACCGAAGCAAGCCAUGCCAGGGAUGACGGGUCAGUAGAACACUGUUUUGCUAAUUAUCAAUUAGCGGCAAUCGAACUGACACCGGGUUAGCAGUUCCGGAGGGCAUUUAAAGGGACCGGUGCCGGGGUCAUCGGGUAUCAGUAACGCUUUGCUGGUCGAUCGAUUCGUAGUGCUUAACUCGUAGCCAGGAUUUUGUGAUUUUUUCUCCGGAAAGAAAACCUACACUUGCAGUGGAAAAAGAUCCAGAAAAAGUGUUUUUUUCCAAAAUAAAUUGAGGUGAAAGAUCGGGAAAAAUGUAUUCAAAACAGGGAAUGGUGAUUUGUUGUGCCCUUUUGAUGGUGAUGAUUGGGUUCGGUGCCGUCCAAGGAGCGGCUGUUAGAGACCGACGGCAGCUUAACACCCUGCUGAACUUGAGUGGAGAAUCGAACGCGAGGAUCGAGAAUGGAACGCUCAUUUGCGACACCCUCAAGUGUCCGGACGACGCCUUCAAGUGCGUGAUCGCCAAAAACAACACCAAGGCUAACCUGCAGGAAAUCGUGGUGACGCGGGAGUGUUUGGACGAGGCCGGCAAGAUCAAGGCCAAAACGGUCGAGAAGGAGGUCAACAAAUUCCCGGGGACGCACUUCGAGAGCUACGCCGAGCUGGACAAGAACGGCAACAUCGCCUCGUUCGACAACCGGGGCAACUCGUACAAUCACGCCGGAAGUGGGGACCUGCACUCGUAUCUGUACUCGCAGAUCGACGACCUGCACAAGGCUAUCCUGGAUCAGCUCCACGGGCAGCAGACCCAAACACUAGGUAUUCCCUAGGGUGGGGUGGCAGGAAGAACAAAAAACGAAGCAAAACGAAACGACAACAUUUUAGCGUUAGUGGCCAAAAGUUUUGAUAAGAGCGAACAGCUUUCAGAUAGUUACAGAAACAGAUUUGAGCACUUUGCAAUUGAAAUCAAAAAUUGCUAGAAACAUUCGUUAGAGAUCACGCAAAAUUUAAGCGUCAAGAGAAAAGAGAAAAAAAAAAAUGCAAAAUUGAAUAGGUUAGUUAAGCGGGGGAUCGUGGGAAAUUUUCCCACAAUCUGAGCGCCCGCGCGUAAUUAAGAAUAGAGAACUAGACAAGUGUUGAAACAACAUAAACAGCAAAAACAAUAACAACAACCCACAAUAUAAACAACUUACAAGCAUUCGUUCCAAGCGCCUAUCGGUGCUGCCGUUUAAUUGGAUCAGCUUAGAAGAACAUGAGUUUAAGCACAUCGGCGAGUCACGUGGGGGUUUGGAUACCAGAUCGAUGUUAUCGAAAUUGUGAGCACGCUACGUCCAUAUGUAAAUUGUUUAACGCUAUGUGAUAUGUAGAAUAAUAAAGUUUGAGUAAUGUGUUAACCAGGUU